AUGGUAGACCUCGACAUACCUUCGAAUCAGAACCCACACACCUUCCUUCACUGGGUGCAGACGGGUCUUACCCCGGCCACAACAGCCUCAAGCAUACCAGUAUCAAACGGAACCAUCCGAGGCUUCACCCUGUACACCCAGGUGCUAGUCGACACCAGCUCAAUGACCCGGGCCGGGCUAUCUGCACUCCAGUCAGGCGCCCAGGCCCGCGUGGGCUUCGACACCGCGUCCGUGCUGGAAGCGGCGGGGCUGAGCAAUAGUGUCGUCGCGGGCAACUCCUUCAACGUGACAAAUCCGGGCGGGGCUGUGUCAUCGGCAGGCUUUAGGAACUUCACCUCAGCCUCGGUCGGGGACUCGACUGGCAGCGUACAAGGGAGUGGACAGAUCUCGAACCCUGACAACGAAGGGUUCAAAGGGUUCGGAGCUACAAAUGGGGGCGGUGGACUCAGUGGCGGGGGCACGCUUACGACCACGAUUUCAUCUGCGCCGGCCGGGCCGACUUCUGGACUGACGCAGGCUGGGAAUACUGGCAGUCAGACUUCAGCGGCAUCGACGAGCGUUGGCUGGAGCUUUGGUUAUCCAAUCGCAUGUAUGGUUGUUUUUGGAUCGACUUUCAUUCUCUCGAGCACCUUAUAG